AUGGACAAGCAGGUUGAAGAACGAAUUCGAUGCUGUCAUCCAUGUCAACUUGUCAGUAAGAGCCCGCGACCAGAGCCAAUGGAACCAACUAAGCUUCCUAAGAAACCAUGGUCGAAGCUAGCCAUAGACGUAUGUGGACCAUUUCCCACUGGAGAACAAGUAGUUGUCCUUACUGACUAUUAUUCGCGCUGGCCAGAAGUCAAAAUCUUAAAAUCAGUCACGUCCAAACACAUUCCCGACUGGUUACUAUCGGUAUUUGCAACUCACGGAUUUCCAGAUGAAAUAAAGUGCGACAACGCAUCCUAUUUUGUUUCUACCGAGUUCAAGGAUACAUUAACUUCUUGGGGAAUAGAACAUAAGACGGUGACGGAAUAUUGGCCGCAAGCCAAUGGGCAAGUUGAGAGAUUUAAUCAAGUUCUCGAGAAACACAUCCUAACCGCACAGGCGGAAGGAAAAGCGUGGAAACCCAACAUUCCAAUCAUGCUACUCCACUACCGCAAUACUCCUCAUAGAAUGACCGGGAAGUCAAGACGAAACUUCCUAGUUUUGAACAACAGACAAACGAUGAAACUGAAACUCGCAAGAAAGAUGAAGAGGAAAAAGAGAAAUCGAAGAAAUAUACCGACAAGAAGCGAAAAGCAAGUCCAAAAAAUCUUGAAGUCGGAAAUAAAGUACUAGUUACUCAAAAACAUCGAAAAAAAUUUACGACAAAGUUUCAUCCUGAUCCAAUGGUAAUCACCAAAAUAAACGGCACGCAGAUAGUGUUAAAAGACAAGAAUGGCACACAACAUCGCAGAAACUCAUCGCAUGUCAAGUUAUACCAGGAAAUUCCUGAUCCUGAAGAAGAAAUCCAGAGUGAUCGCAAGCAUGACAGACAAACGGAAAGUCGCGAAGAAAACACCGAAGCAACUCAAACAGAAACCAACCAGAGUACUACAGAAGCGGAAAUUGUUCUACGUAGAUCAACGAGAAAUAGAAAACAACCAGACUAUCUAAAAGUAGGUUAA